CUGCUACAAAAGCAAGAGAGAAACAACCAACCCCCUCUUUCCACUGAGCCCCAACAGUGUGAUGAAGUAGAACGGAAAUGGAAGAUUCUGAGAAAUUGACGGCGUUGAAGAAGGCUUACGCCGAGACAAUUCUGAAUACGGCGAAGGAGGCGGCGGCUCGAAUAAUGGUGUCGGAGCGGAAGGCUCUGAGCUCUCAGCAGGAUCUAUUUAUGGCGAAAGAAGAAGCACUUCGUAUGCUUGUUCGGCUCAAGCAGAUGAUGGAUUCUAAGAUCGGUGAAGCAAAAAUGAUAUCCUUGAGUCAACAGAAGAAAAUUGAAGAGCUUGAAGCACAGCUUGAGGAAGCAGAAGAUAUAGUGCGAGAACUUAGGGAGGAGUUGAGAGAAGUGCAAAAUGCAUUGGAGAAGAUGACAAAGAAACAAUUGCAGCCUUUGGAUGAAAAAAGUUUCAAGGGCAAUGCUGGUACUGAGGUAGAGGCACCACAGGAGUAUAAACUCAGUGCAUCUGCUUCCUUGAUACUUCCUCGUACAGGUUCACAGCCUGAGCCUGUCACAACAUCUGACCUAAAAAAUUCAACUUUUAAUAAGAGAAAUGAGGGCAAUAAAUGUUAUGGGGCAAAUGAUUCAUAUAUGGAGAAUUGCUUUGUUGCUAACCGGGAUUUUGCCUCCAUAGUCACAAGGAGCAAAGAGCCUGAGCUGUACAGAAAUGGAUGCACCCAGAGAAUACGUGCUUUUGAAAGCAGCCUGUUGGAAGGGAAAUUAUCUCUUUCUGGACAAGUAGAUGGUGCAAUGAAUGAAACAACUAUUGGAGAAGAAGAAGAGGGUGGUGAAGGGAUCUAUAUGACAUCCAUUCCCAAGGAUGACAAUGUGUGUAGAAUGGAGAGGAACCCAGAUGAAGCCGAAGAAAUAAGGCAAGAAGAUGGAAACUUGUACCCUGUUCAAGCUAUUAAGUCCUUUCGCAGAAAAAGAAAAAGAGCUGUUAGAUAUAGCAAUAAAACUCCCUCUUCUACAUGUCUUCUUGAUCAAGUUACAGAAACACAUCAAGCAUCUGAUCUUUCUUUCUCCAAAACUUACCAUUAUGCAAUCACCAAUGAUCUUCAAUCUGGUGAAACCCCUUCCAAUAGAACUGCAAAUGAAUCUCAGAAGGAUCCAGAAUCCCCUGCAGCCCUAAAAUUACCCUCAGAUGCAACUGAGACAAGUAAACAGUCAGAAUGCAUAGAAGUUGCUGAAAAUGAUGCUGAAUUUGUGAAAGCAUGUACUGCUCGAAGUACACUAAACAAGAAUAAGGUGUUGAUAGAUGACACAGUUUUGUUGAGACAAGAAAGUGGGUCUCUGGAGAUUUCAGAAGCUCAAAAUUGUACAAUGGAUCUUGAGACAGCUAAUGUGUCAGUAGUGAACUCAGAUCUGAAGGUAUCUGAUAAAACUGAUGUGGUUCUUAGUCAACCUGUGCUCAAGUACACAUUUCGAAGGAAGAGAAAGAAGGAAACUUUGGGCCAUGCUGAUGGGAAUAUCUCUCUUGAAAAGAACACUUUGAAGAGAAGCACAGAUGAGACACAAAAUGGCCCUUCUGAGCCACAGCAGGCUAGCUUGAUACCUGAAUCAUCUCGAGACAGUCGGCAAUUAGCGCAGGUUGCUCGUCAGCUAAUAUCUUUGUCAGAGAAAAAAUGGUGGCAGUAGAUUUGCCUUCAAGCAGCAACGGUGUCCAACAUGCAGGAUGCCAAUGGGAUGGUCCCUCCCUCUGCAAUGUAGUUCUGAAGGUGAUUUAGUCAAGAAAACCGAUGAAUGACUGUCUUAUCAAGAGACAAAAGUAGAUCCCCAAGUCGAUGAUAUUUAGGCAUGAUAUUCGGUAAGUUAUUACCAGAGCUGUAUUUCUUUAACUUCUCUCUGUCUCUCUCUCUCUCUCUCUCAGACAUGAAUUGUGAAUUGUUUAUGGCAGUGUUGGCCAAAUCUUGAUCAGUUUUAUUUAAGUAAAUUCUAUUGCCACAUUUUAACACAGAUUACUCCUUGUUGUAUGAUGAUAACUUGUAUGUGUGGGUGAGUUAAAUGAAUGGUAUCUGUAGAGAUGCUGGAGGGAUUUUUGUUUC